CAACCUGAUUAUCUCGCGUCCACCCCAGCGCUGAGAACAGUUCCUGGCCCGUCGUAAGCUCCGAACAAACGUCACAAGUAUUAUUAUUAAGAUCGCAAGGCUGUAGGAUGGCAGGAGAACAGAAACCCUCAUGCAACCUCCUGGAGCAGUUUCUUUUAUUAGCCAAAGGCACCAGUGGUUCGGCACUGACAACUCUCAUCAGCCAAGUCUUAGAGGCUCCUGGAGUCUACGUGUUCGGCGAGCUGCUGGCGUUGUCCAACGUGCAGGAGCUGGCAGAAGGGGCAAAUGCGGCUUAUUUGCAACUGCUAAACCUGUUUGCCUAUGGAACCUACCCAGAUUAUAUAGGAAUGGGCGGGACCGAACAGCCAACAAGGACAGUCUGCCUGAACUAACCACAGCCCAGAAGAACAAACUGAAGCACCUGACCAUUGUGAGUUUGGCAGCGCGGAUGAAGUGCAUCCCUUACUCGGUGCUGCUGAAGGACCUGGAGAUGCGGAACCUCCGGGAGUUAGAGGACCUGAUCAUCGAGGCCGUCUACACCGACAUCAUCCAGGGCAAGCUGGACCAACGCAACCAGCUCCUGGAGGUGGACUUCUGCAUCGGCCGCGACAUCCAGAAGAAGGACAUCAGCAGCAUCGUCAAGACCUUGCAGGAAUGGUGUGACGGCUGUGAAGCGGUUCUGUUAGGAAUCGAGCAGCAGGUGUUGAGAGCCAAUCAGUACAAAGAGAACCACAACAGAACUCAGCAGCAGGUAGAGACAGAGGUGACCAACAUCAAGAAGACGCUGAAAGCCACGGCGUCGUCCUCCGCCCAGGAGCUGGAGCAGCAGCUGGCGGAACGGGAAUGCCCCCCUCACGCCGAACAGCGGCAGCCCGCCAAGAAGAUGUCCAAAGUGAAAGGUCUAGUGUCCAGCCGCCACUAGGGCCGGCCGGGGGAGGGGGGGCCUCGGGCCUCCCCCCCCGGGCGGAUCGCCAUCUUCCACCCUCCCUCUCCUCGGACGGGUCCGGCCCCGGUC